GACGUGCCAGUUUUACGCACGAAGAGAGCACGAGCCUUCUGGGGGCCUAGGUUGUUUUGGUAAUUAAGUCGGUAGUUUCUGAAAUGGUCAAACCUUUGGAACACAUCAAGAGACCCAUGAACGCAUUCAUGGUUUGGUCCAGGGGCCAACGGAGGGAAAUGGCCCGGGAGAAUCCCAAGAUGCACAACUCGGAGAUCAGUAAGAGGCUGGGCGCAGACUGGAAGAUGCUCUCUGACUCCGAGAAGCGGCCGUUCAUCGACGAGGCCAAGAGGCUGCGGACUCAGCACAUGAGAGAGCACCCGGACUACAAGUACAGACCCCGGCGCAAACCCAGAAGCCCUCUCAAGCGGAACCGUUUCGUUUUCCCGCUGCCGGUGUUGUAUGGAGAGGAGGCGGAGCGCCUGAAGGGCUUCCCCUUGGACUCCUACCUCCUGUCUGGGGACAACUCCAGACCGCCCCUCGCUCACUCCUCCUCUUCCUCCUCGUCGUACUUCUCGCUGCUCGAGCCACAGGUCAGUACCGGAGCAGUCCAGCGGACAGCGGACGUGCCGUACGCGCUAGCCGCGGGCGCGCUCCCCUACAGCGCGCACACAUAUGGAUAUCAGUCCGCGGGGUUCGGGGGUUCGGCUUGCACCGGACACCAGCCGUCUGUUUCUGGGCCAGGAUACGUGGUGCCGUGCAGCUGCAGCACCUGGACCGCUGCGUCCUUGCAGCCUCAGGUGGCCUACAUCCUGCUCCCCGGAGGGAUGCAGGGCGGCCUGGACUCAUAGCUCCGGAGCAGGAGCCUCCAGGAGGAGAGCUGGACCAGAACCUCGGAGUUCAAACAUUAUUUUUCCUUCUGUAAAUGUUUACACCUAACCGGAAAACAACCGCAGCAGAAGCAAUAACAGUAAUAAUUCUGUCAAAAUCAGGAACCCUUUAAUGAUGAACUGAACUUUAUAUUUUCUUUGCUUAUCACGGCUGAGACGCAUCAGACCCGCGUCAUCACGCAGGUUUUAAUGAUCUGGUCUUAUGAGUCUGUUCAUUAGUUCAUGUGUGUUUAUUAAAGUAAAUGUUUUAUUUCUGUUAACACGGUGGUGUGGACUUUAACCCAUAACCUCCUGGCAACUCCGGCUCUUUUAAGAGAACCGGUUCGUACGGUUCGGCUCACUAGAAUGAAACGGCUCCUCGCAUGUUUUUGUUUUUUAAAUUAAUUUGUCACCAGAAAUGAUGUAAAAUGUGUUCAAACUUACAUUAAAGCAACGUUUUGUUAUUUCAAAUGAGACCAGUGAAAGUCUCCCCAGCCGUACUACAGAAGGGACUCAUCGUCACUAAACAACAUAUCUGAUGUGUUCUUGUAAAACAUGCAGCAGAGCUGCUGGAGGGAGGCUGCAGCACCGGGUAUGUCAGCUCACUGACGCUGUGAGUGUGAU